GCAUCGCUCGCUGGGUGAAGCCGGGUUUCCCAAAGAUGGCGGCGUUCGGGAUAUUGAGUUAUGAGCAUAGGCCGUUGAAAAGGCCUCGGCUCGGGCCGCCAGACGUUUACCCGCAGGACCCCAAACAGAAAGAGGAUGAGCUGACAGCACUAAAUGUUAAACAAGGCUUUAACAAUCAACCUGCAGUGUCUGGAGAUGAACAUGGUACCGCAAAGAAUGUCAACUUCAAUCCUGGCAAGAUCAGCUCCUACUUCAGCAGUAUAAUUGCUGAGAAGUUGAGAUGUAACACAUUCCCAGAUACUGGCAGAAGGAAGCCUCAGGUUAAUCAAAAAGACAAUUUCUGGCUUGUCACGGCUCGUUCUCAGCCUUCGAUACAUAAUUGGUUUACUGAUCUGGCUGGAACCAAACCACUAACUCAGCUUGCAAAAAAGGUGCCUAUAUUUAGUAAGAAAGAAGAAGUGUUUGGCUAUCUGGCCAAGUAUUCUGUGCCAGUAAUGAGAGCAGCUUGGCUGAUAAAAAUGACGUGUGCCUAUUAUGCGGCAAUAACAGAAACCAAGAUGAAGAAACGCCACGUCAUAGAUCCAUGUAUAGAAUGGACUCAGAUCAUCACAAAGUACCUUUGGGAACAACUGCAAAAGAUUGCCGAGUCCUAUCGACAAAUUUCCACACAGAACAGUGGGACACCAAUGCCACCCACAGUGCCUGAGGUGGAGCAGGCCAUGAAACAGUGGGAGUAUAAUGAAAAGCUGGCUCUUUACAUGUUUCAGGAUGGAAUGCUAGACAGGCAUGAGUUCCUGACCUGGGUUCUUGAAUGCUUUGAGAAGAUCCGACCGGGGGAGGAUGAACUACUUAAACUGCUUCUCCCAUUAAUGUUACAGUAUUCUGGAGAGUUUGUGCAAUCUGCGUACCUGUCGAGACGCCUGGCCUACUUUUGUACCCGACGUCUCUCUAUGCUGCUAGGCGAUAGUGGUAGUAAUGUCGUCACAGGAGGGCAUCAAUCUCAUGUGAUUGCAGCACCCACUGCAAAUACCUUACCUCCAACUCCAACACCGCCACCCAAUGGGGCCACCCAACCCCAGUCUCCAUUUAUGGAUUUUUAUAUUUGUCCACAGCAUCGUCCAGUAGUGUUUGGAUUAAGCUGCAUGCUUCAGAGCAUCGUCCUGUGUUGUCCAAGUGCAUUGGUAUGGCAUUACUCGUUGACUGAUUGCAGAAAUAAGACUGGAUCACCACUUGAUCUUUUACCCAUAGCACCAUCCAGUCUACCCAUGCCAGGAGGAAACUCAGUAUUUACUCAACAAGUUCGAGCUAAAGUGCGGGAAAUUGAGGAGCAGAUUAAAGAGAGAGGUCAAGCAGUAGAGGUCAGGUGGUCUUUUGAUAAGUGCCAAGAAACUACUGCAGGUUUUACAAUUGGUCGUGUAUUACAUACAUUGGAAGUACUUGACAGCCACAGCUUUGAAAAAUCAGAUUUCAAUAACUCAUUGGAUUCCCUGUACAAUAGGAUAUUUGGAUCAGGACAGAAUAAAGAUGGACAGGAGAUGUUGCCAGAUGAUGAUGCAGUGAUGACUUUGCUUUGUGAAUGGGCAGUGAGCUGCAAGCGUUCAGGUAGACAUCGUGCCAUGGUUGUGGCAAAACUAUUAGAGAAGAGGCAAGCUGAAAUUGAAGCUGAGAGAUGUGGAGAAUCAGAAGUGGUCGAUGAGAAGGGGUCUGUCUCAUCUGGCUCUCUUACUAGUGCCAGCAUUCCUGUUUUCCAAGAUGUGUUGCUUCAAUUCUUGGACACACAAGCUCCUAUGCUGACUGAUCCCAGUAGUGAAAGUGAGAAGGCUGAAUUUGCCAACUUGGUGCUAUUGUUCUGUGAGCUGAUUCGCCACGAUGUCUUUUCGCACAACGUCUAUAUGUGCACACUGAUAUCCCGAGGAGAUCUGUCAUCAGAGCAACAUGUACCCAGACCGCGCUCACCUGCAGAUGAUGCUGUGGAAGAGCAAGAUCGGAAAGAACAGGAAGGAAAUAACAGUGUAAAACUUGAGGAUACAGGCUUACCAGAAAGUAUGGACAUAGAUCACAACUCCAGUGCCAUUUUUGAAGAUGUUAAAAGUGAUUUUAGUGCUGAUUUUGCUGUGUUUUCUCCCCCAAUGCACUGUGAAUCCAAAGCCAGCCCAUCUCCAGAGAAACCUGCCUCAGAAAAAGACAUGAAACUAAUACAGAAAGAAAAAUUGAAUGAUGCAUUUCCUUCACCGUAUGAACAACCCAGGCACAUACAAUAUGCAACACACUUUCCUAUCCCUCAGGAGGAAUCGGCAAGUCAUGAAUGUAAUCAGCGCCUGGUGGUUCUUUAUGGUGUUGGCAAGCAGCGAGAUGAAGCUCGACAUGUAAUUAAAAAAAUAACCAAAGACAUCUUGAAAGUUUUGAACAAGAAGAGCACUGCUGAGACUGGUGGAGAGGAAGGACAAAAGCGAAAAAAAAAUAAACCAGAAGCAUUUCCUACAGCAGAAGAUAUAUUUGCCAAAUUUCAGCAUCUUUCACAUUUUGAUCAACAUCAAGUUACCUCUCAGGUGUCACGGAAUGUGCUAGAACAAAUCACUAGUUUUGCCUUGGGAAUGUCCUAUCAUCUGCCUCUUGUUCAGCACAUACAAUUUAUUUUCGAUCUGAUGGAGUAUUCCCUUAAUAUCAGUGGAUUAAUAGAUUUUGCUAUUCAGUUGCUGAAUGAAUUGAGUGUAGUGGAAGCAGAGUUACUCCUGAAAUCUUCUAGUCUAGUUGGCAGCUACACAACAGGUUUGUGCUUGUGCAUUGUGGCAGUCUUACGACGCUACCAUUCCUGCCUUAUCCUCAAUCCUGACCAGACCGCACAAGUAUUUGAGGGUUUGUGUGGUGUGGUGAAACAUGGCGUUAACCCAGCAGACUGUUCUUCUGCGGAGCGCUGUAUCCUUGCCUACCUCUAUGAUCUUUACACCUCCUGCAGUCACUUAAAGAGCAAGUUUGGCGAGCUCUUUGGUGAUGCCUGUUCCAAAGUCAAGAAUACCAUCUACAGUAACAUUGAUCCUUCUGAUUCAAACAUGCUCUGGGAACCUGAGUUCAUGAUUGAUGCCAUUGAAAACCCUUCUGCACAUAACUUCAGCUAUUCCAUGCUUGGUAAAAUCCUGAAUGACAAUCCAGCCAAUCGCUACAGCUUUGUUUGCAACGCGCUCAUGCAUGUCUGUGUGGGGCAUCAUGACCCUGAUCGUGUGAAUGAUAUUGCCAUCCUGUGUGCAGAACUAACUGCCUAUUGCAAGGCUCUCAGUGCAGAGUGGCUUGGCGUUCUUAAGGCACUAUGCUGUUCAUCCAAUAAUGGAACUUGCGGCUUCAAUGAUCUUCUGUGCAAUGUUGAUGUGAGUGAUUUAUCAUUCCAUGAUUCUUUGGCAACUUUUAUAGCUAUUUUAAUAGCUAGACAAUGCUUGCUGCUGGAGGAUUUGAUUCGCUGUGUGGCAAUUCCUUCACUCCUUAAUGCAGCAUGCAGUGAGCAAGAUUCAGAACCAGGUGCUCGUCUAACAUGCCGAAUCCUCCUUCAUUUGUUUAGGACACCACAGCUAAACCCUUGUCACCAGGAUAGCAAUAAACCUACUGUAGGGAUCCGUUCAUCAUGUGACAGGCAUCUCCUGGCAGCAUCACAGAACAGCAUUGUUGUUGGAGCAGUUUUUGCUGUCCUCAAGGCCAUCUUUAUGUUGGGUGAUGCUGAAUUGAAAGGGUCUGGAUUCUCACAUUCUGGUGGGAUGGAGGAGCUCCCUGAGGAUGAGAUAGGAGUGAAAAAAUCUGGUGGUCGGGCUGUUUCUAUUGAAACCGCCAGUUUAGAUGCUUAUGCUAAAUAUGUGCUAAAGAAUAUUUGUCAGCAGGAGUGGGUUGGAGAGCGCUGUCUAAAGAGUCUGUGCGAAGAUAGUAGUGCUUUGCAAGAUCCAGUUCUAACAAAUAAGCAAGCUCAACGACUCUUGCAGCUGAUAUGCUAUCCACACCGGCAACUGGACAAUGAGGAAGGAGACAAUCCACAACGUCAGAGAAUCAAACGGAUCUUGCAGAAUCUUGACCAGUGGACAAUGAGACAGUCUUCACUGGAAUUGCAGCUUAUGAUUAAACAGAGUGUCACCAAUGAAAUGAACUCCUUACUAGAAAACAUUGCUAAGGCCACUAUUGAAGUAUUCCAGAAAUCAGCUGAAAUGAACUCAUCUAAUUUGAGCAGUAAUGGAACUGUGAAUUCAGUGAUACCUGUCUCUGGCACUAGCAACACAAAUGGAAAUGCCAGCAAAAUGAAACCACUACUGAGCUCAUCAGAGCGGACAGGGGUCUGGCUGGUAGCACCGUUAAUUGCAAAAUUGCCAACAUCAGUCCAAGGCCAUGUGUUGAAAGCUGCUGGCGAGGAAUUGGAAAAAGGACAACACCUUGGGUCAUCCUCAAGAAAAGAGCGGGACCGGCAGAAGCAAAAGAGCAUGUCUCUGCUAAGUCAACAGCCAUUUCUUUCUUUGGUUUUGACGUGCCUUAAGGGGCAGGAUGAACAAAGAGAGGGACUUCUCACAUCCCUUUAUAGCCAAGUCCAACAGAUUGUUACAAACUGGCGUGAAGAUCAGUACCAGGAUGACUGCAAAGCGAAACAAAUGAUGCACGAAGCCCUAAAGCUUCGGUUAAAUCUUGUAGGUGGGAUGUUUGAUACUGUCCAGCGUAGCACACAGGGCACUACUGAGUGGGCUGUCCUUCUCUUGGAUAUAAUCAGCAGUGGAACAGUGGACAUGCAGUCAAACAAUGAGCUGUUCACUACAGUCCUGGAUAUGCUUAGUGUGCUGGUUAAUGGGACUUUGGCAGCGGACAUGUCAAGUAUCUCACAGGGCAGUAUGGAAGAGAACAAGAGAGCUUACAUGAACCUUGUAAAGAAACUCCGGAAAGAGCUUGGGGACCGACAAUCAGAGAGCUUGGAGAAAGUGCGACAAUUAUUACCACUUCCAAAGCAGACAAGGGAUGUCAUUACAUGUGAACCACAAGGCUCUCUGAUCGAUACCAAAGGAAACAAGAUUGCUGGCUUUGAGUCAAUAUUCAAAAAGGAGGGGCUCCAGGUCUCCACCAAACAGAAGAUUUCCCCUUGGGAUGUUUUUGAGGGGAUGAAACAUUCUGCUCCCCUUUCUUGGGGUUGGUUUGGGACUGUUCGUGUUGAUCGCAAGGUGACUAAGUUUGAAGAACAGCACAGGCUACUAUUGUACCACACACACCUUAAACCAAAGCCACGCAGUUACUAUCUGGAACCACUGCCACUCCCUCCAGAGGAAGAAGAGCCACCAGUACCAGUUGUUCCCGAACCAGAAAAAACUACAGUAGAACCACCAAAGUUGGAGAAACCUAAUACUACUGAAGAGAAGAAAAAGAAACCACCUCGAAAAAAACGACCCCCUCCUAAUAAAGCUGAGCAGCUGGAUUUAUCAUCUGGUGCACACAGAAUGCCUCCUUAUGGUGGUGGAGUUCCCAGUGACAUAAUGCCAAACCAGGCUAAUAAUCUCUAUAACAGACUUCCAUAUGGACCACCUGGUGUUGGCAUAUAUGCACAAAAUCAGCCUUUGCCAGCAGGUGGACCAAGGUUAGAUACAAUGCCCUACAGAAAUGUACGCCCUCAGUUUGCCAAAAUAAUGCAGACUCGGCCUCCAUACAGCACUGUGAUGACCCCUAUGAGUGCGAUAAUGGAUCCGUCGCUGUAUAAAAUGCCACAGUAUAAGCAGCAGCCCCCUAUUCCACAAGGACAGACUAUCCGACAUCAACUAAAUGCCAGAUUGAAUUCCAGUGGAAUGUAUGGGCAGCAAGUUCGUCAAGCAAAUCCAGGGCAGCCAUAUGGAUCCAUGUCACAAGCUCAGAAUAUUGCUCAAGGCUACACUAACUACGGCUCUCACUUGGGGAUGCCGCCACAUCCUUCACAAGCCAGCAGUAUGAUCCCUCCUUCCUAUUCAAGUCAACCAUAUCAGAGCAGUCACACGACCAGUAAUCCUGCACUUGUGGAUCAGGUUCGGCAGAUGCAGCAGCGACCAAGUGGCUAUGUUCACCAGCAAGCUCCAGCUUAUGCGCACUCCAUGCAGAACACACAAAGGUUAACACAUCAACCCAUGCAACAGACACCCAUGAUGACAGGAAUUAGUCACAUGACCCAACAGAAUGUUCAUUCAACAAUGAGGACAAACCAGGAACAGCAGUAUCUUCGACAGCAGCAGAUCAUAAGGCAACAGCAGCAACAACAGCAGCAGCAGCAGCAACAACAACAACAGCAGCAGCAACAACAGCAGCAGCAACAACAGCAGCAACAGCAGCCACAACCACAGGUACAACAACAGGUCCAACAGCAACAGCAGGCUCAAACCCAACCACAGUCUCUGGGAAUGCAAGCCAUCCCACCUCAGCAGACUAUGUUCCAGCGACAAGGAAUGCAACAAACGCAGCAGCAACAACAGACAGCAGCUCUGGUUAGACAAUUACAACAGCAACUGUCAAAUUCACAGCCACAGAAGAAUGCAAACCCAUACUUUUAAUGUUGGAGUCAUCUAAAAGAUUCAGAGACCAGCUUAUUAGUUGACUUUCUGAAGAAGAACUUUGUCUCCAAAGGCAAAUUGCUGCUGUGACUGAAGCUGCAGAAUUUAACAUGUUUUUAAUUGUCCAAUGAAACCAGACUCUUAAUUGACUGUUUCCCUUUACUUUCAGGUUGCUCCUAGUGCCUGUAUAUUCUUGGUUAGGGAAAUAAUAAUCCACCCAUUAAAGGGUAAAGAGAGAUGCUGGUAUAAUUUUUCCAGUCUUCCUCUCCUCAUUCCACUCCUAUCUUUGGCACUGAGGACACCAGCUCUUGGCUAUUAUGUGCUGAACCACAGUAUUUCAACUGAUGGAUAUUUUAAACUUUGCUCCUGAAGAAUACUUAGGACAGUUAUAAAGCACAGUUAGUACAUUUGCAGCUAUGCUAGGUGCCAGUGAUGGAGAUCAUUUUGAGGCAUGUUGUUAAUGGAAAUGUGAUUCUGCCAGCAGCUGAACCAGCUCUGUACUAAUAUAUAUUAUUUGUAUAUACACAUAGCACUAUAUGAACACUUAUUUUCAUUAAUUUUUCAUAUUGAUGCUUUUAAAGCUAAAGAAUCUAAGGAACACAGUAAAAUUUUUUCUCUUUAUGCCUAAAGUCAUUGAAGUAUGAUUUCACAGGGCCUGCAGCACUUUGGUAGCUCACCUUGUAGAUGUUCUUUAUACAUAAACUUGCACACUGAACUGCAUAAGGUUUUUUUAGCCAAAUCUGAUCGAUUCAAAUAAGUGCACUUUCCAGAAUGGGUCACUAUGUGAUGAUGGAACCAGAAACCGGACGAUGUGGCCUUGGCAUUUCAAAAAAGGGUUUAGUUUUCCAAGGUGCAAAGUAUUUUUAAUUUGCUUUUGCCACUUGAAGGUUACAAAAAGGUUUUCAGAAGGACUUCACUCUUCAUUUCGAAAACAUUUGAAUUGAAAGUUGAUCAUUUGGAAUUAUAAAGGUUUAGUGUUAUCUCUGUGCUGGGGAGAUAUUGAUACUUAUAAAGGACUCUGUAAUGAUUUGACUUUUUCUACACUUUUUCUUUGUUUUUUUUGGGAGGGGGGUGGAAAUCCAGCAUCUCUCAGUCUGUUGAUUUUGCAAGAGCUAUUAUAGAAAUAUCAAACAUGGAAGUUUCACUGUAUCUUCCACACCUAGCAGUUUGUGUGAAUUCAAAGUGUCCGAUGAAAGGAAUGCCUUUUUAGUAAAGCCACCUAUUAGUUUAUGAAUUACUGCAAUCAUUCCUAUAUUUUGGAAAUGGUAUUACAGCUACAGUUGUUGGUCCAUGCCAUUCACUAGCGCAAUUUGAUUGGUUUAGAGGAAAAAAGAUGUAAUUAAAUAAGUGGAGUAUUUUUAUGUAUAGAGCUAUCCACACUUGUUUGCGGUCAAACUGAGAAAUUUCCAAUAUUACCGAAACAACUGUGCAAAUUCUUAUUCAUUAUCCCAAAGUGAUUCUAAUUUAAUUCAGCAGAAACAGAAUGCAUUUCUCAACCCAAUAAUUACCUUUAUGUAUAAGAAUAGUUGAAGAUUAUUAUUGUUGCUCACUCAAUGCAAAUGUUCCUCAUCUUUGCAUGAGUUUCAGUUGAUUUCAAAUGUAAUUUGUACUUAAGAAAUAGUUUUAGAAAGCUGCAAGUAAAAAAGGCACAAAGUGCUGAGCACAUUGGUGCCAAUGCAACACUCAAUGUGUUGACAGUAAUCUGAAGUUGAAGUAUCAUGGGAAUGAACUACUGAAAUUUAGUAUAUCCAUAAGGACAGGCAAAGAAGGAACUUUUCCUGCAUACCUGUUGCAAAAAAAUUUUGGGAUGAUAAUUGAUGUACAAUACCAUCCCCUGCCACACAAGCGCAUUAGAUAGAGUCGGGUAGGAAAGAAUAGACACACUGUACAGAAAGAAGUACUUUCUAUCUUGGUUUGUAAAACUGUAUCCACGUAUUAAAAAUUAUGUAAAUUUUUGGUAAUUUUGUGUUUUCUCAGAAAAUUCUGAUGUAAAGAAAAAAUUCAAGAUGGUAUAUGUAUAAAACAAAUUGUACAUGUGCUCUUUUUAUAUAUAAAAAGCACAGACAUUAGUCAACAUGAUGGAGAUAACCAAAUGAAUCAGAAUAGAGCCUGA